AUGACUUCCUCCUCCAACACCACCGACUUCCAGUCGGCUCAACAUUCUCCUGUUUCCAUGAGAUCCAAGGUCUCCUCCUCUUGGUGCACAGAAAACGGCGCUCCCUUCGACUCCACCGCCAUAAAUGCCAUCUUUGUCCAUCUCGGCAAUCUUUUUGGCUUCCAGAUGGACAACGUAACCAAUAUGUUCGAAUACUUCAUGUCUCUCUUAGACUCCAGAGCGAGCCGAAUGUCUUGCGCUAUGGCGCUAUUGUCUGUACAUGCAGACUAUAUUGGUGGAGAUUCCGCUAACUACAAGCACUGGUACUUUGCGGCGUAUUAUGACCUCGAUAAGGACUACACCGAAGAUUCUGACACCAACAAGAAAUGGAGCCAAAUAGCCAAGUACUUAAAAGGAGAGUCUCCUACUCAUGUUUCACACGAAGAUGACAGAAGGUCUUUAUGGGCGAUGGAUUAUAAGUGGAGACUCAAAAUGAGCCAGUUAUCAGACUCGGACCAUAUUUACCAAGUGGCAUUGUACUUGCUUAUCUGGGGAGAGGCAAAUAAUUGUGCUUUGGAUUAUUACUUAUGUGAUACACCUAAGGUACCUUUGCCUGAGUACGCUUUCCUUGAAAACACUAUCACUCCACUAUACAACUUUAUCCGGGACCAGCAGCUUGUCAAAAUAGGUGGAAACUUUGUGAGGAAACCUAAUCGUGACCACAGCGAUAUCAUUGGUUACGAUGAUGUCAAUCUGUUCUUCUGGCACCCAAAAAACUUGCAGAAACUAGCCCUUGAUGAUGGUACGCUUCUCCAUAGUUAUGCAAAAAGCGAACGCUACGGGAAAUUGAAUUUUGUUAAUUGGGAGAAAAGCUUCAAAAAAACCUACCUUGAAAAACGUUCGUGGGUCCAUUUGUUUGUAAACUUCAACCGAAUUUGGAUCAUUCAUUUGUCUGUGUUCUGGUACUUCAUUUCUUUGAAUUGUCCAUCCCUCUACACCAAGAACUACGAAACAGCACUUGAAACCCCUCCUGCUCCUCAGGUCCAAUUGGCGGUUAUUAGUUUUGGUGGCGUGAUUGCUUGUCUCAUGGGUUUAUUUGGGCUAUUGGGAGAGUGGUAUUUUCUUCCUCGUUCAGCUAUGAAUGGGGAGCGACUUGGACAGAGGAUAACUAUUCUAUGCGUGUUGCUAGUAGUCAAUUUCGCUCCCACAGCUUACAUUUUCAUUUUCAAAGGAUGGGAUGUCUACUCUAGAAUUGGAAUCAUUGUCGGAAUCAGUGUGUUGAUCUUUUCUAUUAUGACUACUGUCUAUCUAAGCAUUGUACCCUCACGUCACCUCUUUAGCCUUUUGUUAGGAAGCAGACAGGCAGACCACAUGAAAAGUCAACUUUUUACUUCGAAUUUUGCUACAGCCACUAGCAAGAGCAACCUUUUCUCUUGCCUUCUUUGGAUCUGUGUUUUUCUCGCCAAAUUGUCCGAAUCGUACUUCUUUUUGGCUCUCUCCAUGAAAGAUCCAUUACGAAUCCUCAUUACCAUGGACCUCAAUCGAUGUGCUGGAGAUGUGUGGUUAAAGAAGUUGGUAUGUCAGAACUUUGCUCUUUUCGCUGCAUUUCUUCUUGUUUCCACCAACUUCAUUCUUUUUUUUCUUGACGCAUACUUAUGGUACAUCAUCUGCAACUGUGUGUUCUCAGCUGUCUUAUCCUACUCACAAGGCACUUCUAUCUUCAAGCCAUGGAAGAGCAAGUUUGGGAAACUUCCAGAAAGAAUUCUUACCAAAAUAUAUUACCAUGGUGUCAAUGAUGGAGAUAGCGGUUUUGCAAUUUCAAAAAUAUGGAAUUGUAUCAUUAUCUCGCUUUAUAAAGAACACCUACUUUCCAUAGAACAAGCAAAGAAGUUAGUAUAUCAGCAGGAGGAUGACUACUCCUCGUUGCAUGGUCCAUGCAAUAAGGCUCCGAUAUUUUUCAAUUACCAAGAAGAUUACGCAUCAGCUAAGUUAUCAGACUUCUUUGCUACUAAUGAGGAAGCUUCUAGAAGGAUAUCAUUCUUUGCGAGGUCAUUAUCUAGUCAACUCCCUCCCCCGACACCUAUCGAGUCCAUACCAUCAUUUACAGUGCUCGCACCUCAUUAUUCUGAAAAUAUUAUCUUAGGUUUGAAAGAAUUAUUGAAAGAGAACAAAUCAUCCAAAAUUUCCCUCAUUGAAUACCUAAAGAAACUCCAUCCUUUGGACUGGAAGCUUUUCGUGAAAGAUUCCAAGCUUUCAAACCAUAUUACCUCUGCAAGCAUACCUGAAACUGCCAACUCUGGAAAUGUCAUACUCGGAGGCGAAACAAAGGCCCAAGAUAGAGCAGAUUUUGGCCAAAGUCAACUCGACGACAUUCCUUUUGACUUCAUUGGUUUCAAAUUUUCGCAGCCAGAGUUCUCAAUGAGAACAAGACUAUGGGCAUCGUUGAGGUAUCAAACCUUGUUCCGUACCAUAUCUGGGUUUUACAAUUACGAACGUGCACUCAAGAUUUUAUAUUUUCUGGAAGUCUACAAUAACGAAAGUGAAUAUCUAGCGGACGAAGGUGACAUGGAGCAAGAACUCAACCAAUUUGCAAAAAGAAAGUUUAGAUUACUUGUAUCCAUGCAGAAGUACCAGGAUUUUGGAAUUGAAGAACAGGAGGCAGUGAGCGUACUAUUUGAAAACUUCCCUGAUUUGCAAGUCUCUUAUCUCGAGAAAGAAGUUAGCGAUGGAGCAACAACCUUCUAUUCUGUUCUUCUUCUGGGCUCAGGCAAAGAGAGAGUGACAAGGUUCAGAAUUAAGCUUUCUGGAAACCCUAUUUUGGGAGAUGGGAAAGCAGAUAACCAGAAUAACGCCAUCAUUUUCCAUAGAGGAGAGUAUCUUCAAACCAUCGAUGCUAAUCAAGAUAAUUACAUUGAGGAAUGUCUCAAAAUCCGAUCUGUCCUCUCGGAGUUCAAUGAAAUUGACCUAGACCCAACUUUUGAGUACGUUCCUGGAAUGUCCAAUGUCACUAAGAAGCCUCGCGUUGCCAUGUUGGGAGCCAGAGAGUAUAUUUUUUCCGAAAGCAUUGGUGUUUUGGGAGACGUUACAGCAGGUAAGGAGCAAACCUUUGGGACUUUGUUUGCCAGAACUUUAUCAGUCAUAAAUGCAAAGCUACACUAUGGACAUCCCGAUUUCAUCAACGGAAUAUUCAUGUGCACUAGAGGUGGCAUAUCGAAAGCUCAGAAAGGUCUUCAUCUUAACGAGGAUAUUUAUGCUGGAAUGAAUGCUGUUUGUCGAGGAGGAAUAAUCAAGCAUUGUGACUACUAUCAGUGUGGAAAGGGAAGAGACUUAGGAUUUGAUACUAUCUUGAAUUUCACCACCAAAAUCGGUGCUGGCAUGGGGGAGCAAAUGUUGUCAAGAGAAGUAUUCAAUAUGGGCACUAGCUUGAGAGUUGAUAGAUUUCUUUCGUUCUACUAUGCCCAUGCUGGAUUUCAUGUCAACAAUGUGUUCAUCAUGUAUUCAGUCAAUAUGUUCAUGAUCGUUCUUACAUGUCUUGGUGCCUUGAAAUACGAGACAAUCAUGUGCUCAAGAGAAAACCAUGCAGCCAUAAUCGACCCUCUUGUUCCAUUUGGUUGCUACAACUUGAUGCCCGUUCUUGAUUGGGUCAAUCGAUUUGUACUCUCCAUGUUCAUUUGUCUCUCCAUUUCAUUUCUUCCAUUAGUCGUUCAAGAAUUUACUGAAAAGGGAUUGAGAAAAACCACCAAAAGAAUAGGAUUACAUUUCCUUUCAUUGGCUCCACUCUUUGAAGUGGUGGUGUGCAAAGUUUACGCAAAGGCUUUCAUUGAUAAUAUCCAUUUCGGAGGAGCACAGUAUGUUCCCACUGGACGAGGGAUAGCCACCACUAGAAAUGCGUUCAGUGUAAUUUUCAGCAAGUAUGCUCAUGUUUCGAUCUAUCCUGGAUCUAUUGGGCUCUUGGUUGUUGUAUUUGCAACCAUGUCAAUGUGGCAGCCGGCGUUACUCUGGUUCUACCUUACAUUCUUGUCAUUGAAUUUUGCUCCGUUCAUUUUCAAUCCACAUCAAUUUUGCUUCUCAAAAUUUGUUUUAGAUUAUGGUGUUACAUUGCAUUGGUUAUUUGGAGGAAACACACGCAAGUCUGGAGGAGGAUGGGCUGCAUUCAAAAGAUCCAGACGGUCCAAAUUUACCGGGUCAAAGAAAAACAAACGAAUUAUUGAGAGAAGAGAAACAACGAUUGGGACGACUUCUUUCAAAAAUCUACAUCUAGAUCUCGGAACACCGUUUUUAGAGGCGUUUAUCUACUUGAUGCCGUAUCUCUUUAUAAACUCGCAGACUGGGGUGCUGGAACCCGUUCCUGUCAACCCCCUCUUGAGGAUCUUCAUUCUAUCGUUCCUUCCCAUCACAUUGAGUGUUUCUUUCAACGUAUUCAUCCUUGUUUUCAACCUCAUCUUCGGAAGACUACUCCUCAUGAUCAGCAAGAAGCUGCCUGGUUACAUCGCAACAACAUCCCACAUUUUGUCAGUUUUCCUCAUGUUAAUCACCAUUGAGGUCAACUUCUUUCUUCACAAGUGGAAUGUAGUGCGUACCAUCUGCUCGAGCAUUGUAAUUCAGAAAUACGAUGGAGACGAGGCCAACAGCGCCUGGUGGAGUGGCCAAUGGUCAUAUAAAGAGUUUGGCUGGUGCUUGCUCACCCAACCUUUCCGAGAGUUUAUCGUCAAAACAGUUGAACUGUGUAUGUUUGGCUACGACUUCGUUCUCAUCCAUUUCUUACUCAAUGCCAUGGCUCCCCUCACUUUGCUACCGUUUGUGGACCGUGUACACACAUCCAUGCUCUUCUGGAUGAAACCGAAAAUGUUCAAGGACCCGAUCUCAACGACUCGAGAGAAACGCAUGAGAAAGUAUGGCCUCGUCAAGUAUCUCGUCCUUUACAUGGCCAUUAGUGGAGUCUUGAUGGCAGUGGUACUCACUCCGAUAUUCUCCGAGAGGAUCUCGACCUUUCUAGAAAUCUACAUUCCCGACACAUUUAGUGAGCUAUUCCAACCCAACUUUCAAAACAACAACGAUACUGGGUCUCCGUCAUUGUUGCUGUCAUAUAUGGAAAUGCCAUUGCGCACUGUCCCAUAA